CGACACGUGUCCCUUUCUCCUAUAUUCUAAAUUACUAGUAACUUUUUUCUGCUUUUUGUUAUUGCAUUUUUCACCAAAGUUGGUUGAAAUCCUUCGCCUCAUCCUAAUCUGAAAUGGAAAUUAUCUCGAAAUGAUCGGCGCACAGUUUUUGGUGAGGAAAUGCUGGAUCUUUUCCUGCUCACUCAUUUCCGCUCUUUAAUUUGUUUGCGCAAGCGGAAAAAAAUCAAUAUUAGAAAUCGUGAGGAUUUUGGUUUUCCAGUAGUUUGAGCUUGAACUGUUUGUGCCGUCCGAUUUUAGGUCUAACUUUCUACAUACUGUAGUUCGCAGUGUUCUAUUUUUCUGGAUUUGGGGAUUUUGUUACACGUAGCUGAAAAGGGGGCUUAAGGUUUUGCUGGAUAGAAAAAAUAGAAAUCGAAAGUGGCGAAGAUGAGUUUGAGCACCGCGGAGGAUGAUCCAGCAACUGAAAUCCAUCUGCCAGCUGAUAUAGAUUGGGAGAUGCUUGAUAAAUCCAAGUUUUUCUUCCUCGGUGCUGCUCUGUUUUCAAGUGUUUCGGGCACUCUUUACCCGAUUGUUGUGCUCAAAACGCGGCAGCAAGUAAUGUUGGACAACUGCCCAUGCUUCAAAAUGGCGGCCUCGAUCUUCAGGAGCGAGGGCUGGAGGGGUUUCUACCGCGGUUUUGGGACUUCCCUCAUGGGAACCAUACCGGCACGUUCUCUUUACAUGGGUGCUCUUGAGGUUACCAAGAGUAAUGUAGGCAAUGUUUCUAGCGUCCGUCUAGGUUUAUCCGAGGCCUCAGCUUCUGCCAUAGCGAAUGCUGCUGCUGGACUGAGUGCUGCCAUGGCUGCUCAGUUGGUUUGGACUCCAAUUGAUGUGGUGAGCCAGAGGUUAAUGGUACAGGGAGGUGUUACUGAUUGUAACAAGUAUAGUGGUGGGAUAGACGCGUUUAGGAAGAUUGUUCGGGCAGAUGGGGUGAGGGGGUUGUACAGAGGGUUUGGGAUAUCUAUACUGACUUAUGCUCCUUCGAAUGCUGUGUGGUGGGCUUCUUACUCGAUGGCGCAUAGAGGGAUUUGGAGCUGCAUUGGAUGCUACUUGUGCAAUAAGAGUGAGAAUGUUUAUAGACCGGAUGGGAAGUCUGUGAUGGCGGUUCAGGCAUUCAGUGCUGCAAUGGCUAGUGGAGCAUCUGCACUGGUGACAAUGCCACUCGACACUAUUAAGACGAGGCUGCAGGUUUUGGACGGUGGUUGUGGCAGGACUCUCACGGCCGUGCAAACCGUGAGGAACUUGGUGAAGGAGGGUGGAUUGGGUGCUUGCUAUCGAGGAUUGGGGCCUAGAUGGGCUUCAAUGUCGAUAUCUGCAACAACCAUGAUCACUACCUAUGAGUUUCUCAAACGGCUCUCGACUAAGAAUCAAGAGAGCUUUGCUUUGUGAAUCCAAAUCCAAGGGGUAAAACAAGUACUAGUUUUCUGUGUUGUCAGCCCCUUUUUGUCUGGCCUAUUAUCAUACCUUUGUAAAUAUUGUAAAUAUUUAGAAAUGCAAGUUUUAGCCUUUUCCACUCACAUCAUGCUGCUGCUGCUGCCUAGACAGUUGCAGUUUCUUGUUCUGAGGUCAUGAAUCUCCAUGGAAGCAAUCUUUGGCUCAGAGUUCCUACAUUAUCUUGUUAGUGAUGCUUAGAUUUGUGUGAAA